AUGCCGGGGGCCACCGUGCUGGCCAUGGCGGUGCUGGCGGCGCUGCUGGCGCUGGUGAGUGCCCGGGCCUGGGUGAGCGGGGAUGGGGACCGUGAGCACCAGCUCCCUUCACCCCAACCCACCCCAUGGCUCCGGCCCCCGCAGGUGGCCCCAUCGUGGACCCCCACCCACAGCGCCGGUGUCUGCGCCUUCUACGGCGAAUGCGGCUACAACCCGGAGGUGAACGUGUCCCUGGUGGCCUCCCAGGUGCCCUGCGUGUCCAACACGGCGGCGCGGGAGGCCACGGGCGCGCUCCUGGAGCUGCUGAGCUCCGUGUGCCCAGACCUGGUGCUCGGCGCGGCCGGGGCGCCGCGGGUGUGCUGCAGCCUGGCGCAGCUCCUGGCGCUGCAGCUCAGCGUGGCGCUGUCCGGCACCGUGCUCGCCCGCUGCCCCGCCUGCGCCCGCAACUUCGCCAACAUCCACUGCCACAACAUCUGCAGCCCCGACCAGAGCCUCUUCGUCAACGUCACGCGCGCGGUGCCGGUGCAGGGCACGGCCCGGUUCGCCGUCGUCGAGUACCAGUGCUUCUACCGGCAGGAGUUCGCCGACGCCGCCUUCGCCUCGUGCCACGGCGUCCGGCUCCCGGCCACCGGCGGCUUCGCGCUGGACACCAUGUGCGGGCUGUAUGGCGCGCAGCUCUGCACCGCGCAGCGCUGGCUCGACUUCCAAGGGGACAAGAGCAACGGGCUGGCGCCGCUGCAGAUCGACUUCCACCUCGUGCCCGACGGCACCGACCCCGGCGAGGCCCUGCAGCCGCUGCACGCGCAGGCCUGGAGCUGCAGCCAGGCCCUCAGCGCCGAGGAGCAGGCGUGCUCCUGCCAGGACUGCGCCGAGUCCUGCCCCACCAUCACCCCCCCGGCCGGCCCCGCGCCCCCCUUCCGCAUCGGUGCCGCCGACGGCGCCCUGGUGCUGUGCGCGCUGCUCUUCGCCCUCCUCGCCCUCCUCUUCCUCCUCGCCCUGUGCCGCCGGCACCGCGGCUCCAAGCAGGGCAUCACGCUGCAGCCGGCCCCGGCCAGCGCCUGCGGCUGCUCGGCGCGAUGGGGCGACGCCUGGCACCGGGCGCUGGUGCGGGCGUUCCGCUGGUGGGGGGUGCUGGUGGCCGCGCACCCGCUGCCGGUGCUGGUGGUGGCCGCGGGGCUGGUGGCGGGGCUGUCGGCCGGGUUCCGCACCCUGCGCCUCACCACCGACCCCGUGGAGCUGUGGUCGGCGCCGGGCAGCCGCGCGCGGCAGGAGAAGGCCUUUUACGACCAACACUUCGGGCCCUUCCUCCGCACCAACCAGGUGAUCGUGACGGCGCCGCGGCGCAACGGCUCCCGCUACGACUCGGUGCUGUUCGGCGCCAAGAACUUCAGCGCCGUGCUCUCCAUGGAGGUGCUGCGGGCGCUGCUGGAGCUGCAGGAGCGGUUGGCGGCCGCCACGGCGCCGGCGCCGGGCUCGGCAAGGCCGGUGAGGCUGCAGGACGUGUGCUACGCGCCGCUGAACCCCGGCAGCCCUGCGCCCGCCGACUGUUGCGUCAACAGCGUCACCCAGUACUUCCAGAACAACGGCACCCGCCUGGCCAUGGUGGCCACGCAGCCCCACGGCAAAGACACCGGCACCGUGGACUGGCGCGACCACCUCAUCUACUGCGUCAACUCCCCGCUGUCCUUCAAGGACAUCACGGCGCUGGAGCUGAGCUGCACGGCUGACUACGGCGGCCCCGUGUUCCCCUACAUCGCCUUGGGUGGCUACAGCGGCUCGGAGUACACGGAGGCCGAGGCGCUCAUCGUCACCUACUCGCUCAACAACUUCCCGCGCGAGGACCCGCGGCACGAGUGGGUGCUGAGCUGGGAGAGCCGCUUCCUCCAGGUGGUCCGGGACUUCCAGCGCACCCACGGCCACAACCUCUCCGUCGCCUUCAUGGCCGAGCGCUCGCUGGAGGACGAGAUCAACCGCACCACGGGCGAGGACGUCCCCAUCUUCGCCAUCAGCUACGCCGUGGUGUUCGCCUACAUCGCGCUGGCGCUGGGCGAGUACACGGCCUGGCGCCGCGUGCUGGUGGAGUCGAAGGUGACGCUGGCACUGGGCGGCAUCGCCGUGGUCAUCGGCGCCGUGUUCUCCGCCAUGGGGCUGCUGGCGCUGCUGGGGCUGCCCUCGUCCCUCAUCAUCCUCGAGGUCGUGCCCUUCCUCAUCCUCGCUGUGGGCGCCGACAACAUCUUCAUCUUCGUGCAGGAGUACCAGCAGUCGCCGCGGGAGCCGGGCGAGCGGCGGGAGGAUCACAUCGGGCGGGUGCUGGCGCAGGUGGCCCCCAGCACGGUGCUGUGCAGCCUCUCCGAGCUCAUCUGCUUCCUGCUGGGCUCUCUCUCCUCCAUGCCCGCCGUCCGCACCUUCUCCCUCACUGCCGCCCUCGCCAUCGCCUUCGAUUUCCUGCUCCAGGUCUCCGCCUUCGUGGCGCUGCUGGCGCUCGACGCCCGGCGCGAGGAGGCCUCGCGCCCCGAGCUCUGCUGCUGCUGCCGCGUGGACAAAGGCCCCGCGGGGCCGGCGCUGAGGCUGCUGCGGCCGCUGCUGCUGCGCCUGGGACCGGGGCUGCUGCACCCCAGAGUGCGGCCAGCGGUGGUGCUGCUCUUCCUCCUGCUCGCCUGCGCCGGGCUCUACCUCAUGCUGCAGGUGCCCGUGGGGCUGGACCAGGAGCUCGCCAUGCCCAAGGACUCCUACGUGCUCCAGUACUUCAGUGCCCUCAACCAGUACCUGGCCGUGGGGGUCCCCGUGUUCUUCGUCACCACCGAGGGCUACAACUUCUCCUCCCCAGAGGGCACCAACGGGAUCUGCUCCAGCUCCGGCUGCGCCAGCGACUCCCUGACCCACACAGUGGAGAUGGCCACGCGCUUCCCCAACGUGUCCUUCCUGGCCAUCCCGGCCACCUCCUGGCUCGACGACUUCCUCGACUGGCUCAACCCCACCGGCCGCUGCUGCCGCGUCCACCGCUACGGCAACGCCACCGGCCAGUUCUGCCCCGCCACCAGCGAUGACCCGAGCUGUGUCGGUGGCCGGUGCCUCAACACGACGCGGCGCCCGACCCCGGAGGAGUUCCAGCGCUUCCUGCCCUGGUUCCUGCAGGACCGCCCCACGCUGCAAUGCGCCAAGGGCGGCCUGGGUGCCUACGACACCGCGGUGAGCAUGGACGCCAACGGCACCAUCCUGGCCACGCGGUUCAUGGCCUACCAGCGCCCGCUGCGCACGGCGCAGGAGUACACGGCAGCGCUGCGGGCGGCGCGCGCCCUGGCCGAGGAGCUCACCCGCACCCUGCGCCGCGUGCCCGGCACCCAGCCCGGCUUCCGCGUCUUCCCCUACGCGGUGACCCACGUGUACUACGAGCAGUACCUGACGGUGGUGGCCGAGGGCCUGGUGACGCUGGGGCUGUGCCUGGUGCCCACCUUCCUCGUGUCCUUCGUGCUGCUGGGCACGGACCUGCGCUCCAGCGCCGCCACGCUCCUCACCAUCGCCAUGAGCCUGGUGGACACGGCCGGCGCCAUGGCCCUCUGGGACAUCCCCUACAACGCCGUGGCCCUCAUCAACCUGGUGGCGGCCGUGGGUAUCUCAGUGGAGUUCGUGUCCCACCUCACCUACGCCUUCGCCCACAGCCCCCAGGCCGGGCGCGUGGCUCGCGCCGCCGAUGCCACCGUCACCAUGGGCAGCAAGGUUGUGGCCGGGGUGGCCCUGACCAACCUGCCCGGCAUCGUGGUGCUGGCCUUCGCCAAGGCCCAGCUCAUCCAGGUCUUCUUCUUCCGCCUCAACCUCAUCAUCACGCUGCUGGGGCUGGCGCACGGGCUGCUCUUCCUGCCCGUGCUGCUCAGCUACAUGGGACCCAGCCCGCAGGGGACCCCGCCGGGGUCACAACGGGGGACGCGGUGGUGCCGGCUGUGGGGCUGA